AUGUGUCAACAGCAUCACUCCGAGGGACCAGCGGAGUUCCCUCCACAUGCUCGAGGCGUCCAGAGUGUUUCAGACACUCAGCCUUUCCCCUGGGACGCAGGUGUUUUUGAUGCCCACUGUCACCCAACCGACACUAUGGGCUCCAUAGCCUUGGUCCCUGGCAUGAAUGUCCGCGCGUUAACCGUCAUGUCCACUCGUUCACAAGACCAGGACCUGGUCUCUAGUAUCGCGCAGGACCUCGGGGUCAAGGAUGGUGACACCUUAUUUUCACCUCAGGCUUCUUCAAACCAACGCAUCAUCCCUUCCUUUGGGUGGCAUCCUUGGUUCUCGCAUCAGCUUUACGACGAUUCGACCGCUGCAUAUGAUGGCUCAGAGGCAAGCAAACAGGCACAUUACGACAAGGUCUUAGCACCGACUCCUUCUUCGAGAGACCCAUCUUUUAGUGCCGGCCUUGAGGAGCCCCGACCGCUGUCGGAGUUCAUCAACGAGACCCGAAAACGUCUGGAGAAGCACUCACUUGCUCUCGUAGGCGAGAUCGGUCUCGAUAAAGCCUUCAAACUCCCGGUCAAUUGGGCUCCCGUCGAGCAGAGUAAACGAGACCAUGGGCUUACUCCAGGUGGACGAGAAGACCGACGUCUGAGCCCGUUUCGUAUAUCAACCGAACAUCAGACGAUAAUACUUCAAGCUCAGCUCCGUCUUGCGGGUGAGAUGAACCGUGCAGUCAGUGUGCAUGGUGUUCAGGUUCAUGGAGCUUUGUAUAAUGCUAUCGCAGAUUGUUGGAAAGGUCACGAGAAAGAGGUCUUGUCUCGACGAGAGAAAAGACGCAUUGCUAAGAACGCUGAGGAUUUUUCAGAUAUGUCAGAUGAAGAGGGUGAUGAAUUGAGAGAGGCAACUCAACAAAAACCAAUCAAGUCUGGCCCCUCAAAUUCAGGCACCCAUGAUAAAAAAAGACCAUAUCCGCCCCGGAUAUGUCUUCACUCAUUCAGUGGCCCAGUGAAUAUACUAAAACAGUAUACUCACCCUUCGGUGCCGGCACAGGUCUACUUUUCCUUCUCUACCGCUGUUAACUGGAACAGUAGCUCCGACAAGUUAAAAGAUGUCAUACGCGCAGUCCCUGACGAUAGGAUACUGAUCGAGAGUGAUCUGCACAUCGCAGGUGAGCAAAUGGAUCAGGCUCUUGAGGAUGUUUGUCGGAAAAUUUGCAGCAUCAAAGGAUGGGAAUUGCGAGAUGGCAUUGGAAAAUUGGCAAAGAACUGGAAAUGGUUUGUAUUUGGAAACAAUCCUUGA